GCGGCGCUGGGAGAAGCCUCCUCACAGGAUGUCCUCUCCACCAAAGAACUCUCCGUAACAGACGACGAUGACAAUCCCGGCGGGACCUUGGGAAGCACUAACAUUUCAGUAGCCCAGCACCCAUUGUGGGUGGCCAUUUCUCCCUCCCUUCUGCAAACCCCACCCUCCUCCUCCUCCUCCUCCUCUUCACCGUGAUGAUCUAUUGAUCCAGGAGAAGCCUGCUUCGUUUUGCUCCUCACCCCCUCGACUUCCGGCAGCUCUUGGGAUUUGUAUGGCAGCAGCGUAACCGUGGAGAGGCCGGGGUAUCACAAACUUAUGGAUUUUGAUAAGAGAGGAGGGAAAGGGGAGCUGGAGGAAGGUAAAAGGAUGUCCAAGACGGGUGGAGGAAGGAGCAGUCAUGGAAGUCGAAGCACUGGAACCAACUCAGGAGUCUUAAUGGUUGGUCCUAACUUUCGGGUCGGCAAGAAGAUUGGCUGCGGCAAUUUCGGGGAGCUCCGGCUAGGGAAGAACCUCUACACCAACGAAUACGUAGCUAUCAAAUUGGAACCCAUCAAGUCCCGGGCCCCCCAGCUGCACCUGGAGUACCGCUUCUACAAACAGCUCGGCAAUGCAGAAGGAAUUCCUCAGGUUUACUACUUUGGCCCCUGUGGGAAGUACAAUGCCAUGGUGUUGGAGCUGCUGGGCCCCAGCCUAGAAGACCUCUUUGAUCUGUGUGAUCGAACCUUCACGCUCAAGACCGUCCUGAUGAUCGCAAUCCAGCUGAUCACCAGGAUGGAAUAUGUCCACACCAAAAGCCUCAUCUACAGGGACGUGAAGCCAGAGAACUUCCUGGUGGGGCGGCCGGGCAGCAAGCGGCAGCACACCAUCCACAUCAUCGACUUCGGCCUGGCCAAGGAGUACAUCGACCCCGAGACCAAAAAACACAUCCCCUACCGAGAGCACAAGAGCCUGACAGGGACAGCUCGCUACAUGAGCAUCAACACACACCUGGGCAAAGAACAAAGCCGCAGGGAUGACCUGGAAGCACUUGGGCACAUGUUUAUGUACUUCCUCCGUGGGAGCCUCCCUUGGCAAGGCCUCAAGGCCGACACGCUCAAGGAGAGGUACCAGAAGAUCGGCGACACCAAAAGAGCCACUCCAGUGGAGGUGCUCUGUGAGAACUUCCCAGAGGAGAUGGCAACCUACCUGCGCUACGUGCGGCGCUUGGACUUCUUCGAGAAGCCUGACUACGACUACCUGAGAAAGCUCUUCACAGACCUGUUUGAGAGGAACGGUUAUGUCUUUGACUACGAAUAUGACUGGGCAGGGAAACCCCUGCCCACCCCCAUCGGCACGAUGCACAGCGAGGUGCAGGUGCAGCCCCCGAACAGAGACAAAGCACAGCCACACACCAAACACCAGCCACCCGAGGGGACGGAGGUGUGGGAUCCUCAGGCCGGUGUGCAGCCUGCCGAGGAGCCUUUGGGAGCUCAGCUGGCAGCCGGCAGGCUCGGGGGGUCCGUCCAGGUGAUGAGCUCCACCAACGGAGAGCUGAACACGGACGACCCCACGGCAGGACAUUCGAACGCCCCCAUCACAGCCCCCACCGAGGUGGAGGUGACAGACGAUACAAAGUGCUGCUGUUUCUUCAAGAGAAGGAAGAGGAAAACCACCAAGCGUCGCAAGUGAGCCGUGGGGCCGGGCGGA